ACCAACGAAACCGCUCAUUAAAUUUUAAUUAUUAAAGCAAACUGUGCGAUAAUUUAAAAUUUAAAAAAUGUCAUAAGUUUAAGUAAGAAUUUUAGUGACAUUUAGAAUUUUACAUGUAAGUUCUUAAUUGAUCUGAUAAUUUGAGAGCUUAAAACUAUACUUCUGAAAUAUCGGAAUCUUUGUUGUUAAACAACAGGGCGAUGAGAUUUCCAUACAUUUCGUGAUGAACUAGAAUACCCCAAAGAAACUGCAGUAUUAAAGCAACUGGACACUCAUCAUAUGAUCCCAAGGCCACAUGUUUCAAGUUCCAGUCGGAGUUUUUAAACAGCAUACCUCGAACAAAGGUUCUAUACUUAAAGCACAGUUGAAAAGUUAUAGAAGAAACUAAAGACUAGGAAGAUCAAGUCCAGUGUUAAACGUCAUACUGCAGAAUUCUCAUAAAAAAUGGAACAUAGAUCAAGAAAAAGAAAAAACAAGACCACAUCAUGCAUUUCAAAUCAGAACCAUGCAGCAAAAUACUCAAACAGAAGCUCUGCAGUUCUUCAAGAACAAUUUGAUCACAGCAAUAUUGUAAAUUCUUCAAAUCAGCUUAAUCUUUCGCAUACUAAAUUAGCUCAACUGAAUGCUAACAAAGUAUUUAACAGUUCAGUUAAUAAAAGGCCAAUUUCUUGUGUUGCAAGAACAAAAGAAGGUUCGGUUGAAUCAGCUAAUGAAAGAAAGAAGUCAUCGAAGAAACGGACAAACACAUCCAACAGGUGCGCAAAUUCUCUGGAAUCUGAUACUUUUAAAAAGUCAAGAACUAAGUGUAAUAAACAAAUGCGUACUUCAAAGCAAACUGUUAGUAUUUGUCCUCUAGAAAUAUCUCUCUCCCCUGGCACCCCUGGAAGAAAUGCGCCAUUUACUUCAACUGCGGCUGAUGGUAAAGGAAGACAGAAAUUUCCUAUAGAUGGAAAUGUAUGCGUUGUGAGCGAUUUAGAAGACAGUUCUAAUGAUAAUUUUGUGGAAGCUUCUGCGGCUUUUCUUUCGAUGUGUAUGGAUGAAAGCAAGCGUCAUUCAUACAAAUCACCUCUGGGGACCAAGUUUUCAAGUGACGUAGAAGAAUCUGUCUUGAGUCAAGUGUUAAACAAGAAUUCUGUUGAAAAGUCGCUCCUAAAACUGCCUCUUAUAUCUGAUAACAUUUGUAAUUUAAUUGGACUGUACUCGGCAUUAGAAAAAUGCAAUCAAAAAAGUAAAGAAAUAUCACAAGUACAGCCUUCAAAAGAGAAAACUUCAUUUGGAAAACAAAAUAGAGCGUUAGGUGAAAAAACUUCUUUAUGUGAUUAUGAAUUGGACAGUGAGACUGAAGAAAAUGAAAUACAUCACCAAACUAAAUUGAAAAAGAUAGACUUAACCAGUGAUGCUUCUUCCACUAAGUCUGAAAAUAAAGUUAUAAAGAGUAUGAAAGGUCAAGUCAAGAGUGGGAAGAAAAAGAUUUUGUCUGAUGGAAGAAUCAAAGUUAACUACUUUAAAGCUGAGCUUGUUAAGGUUCCUGAUAAGCCUAAAAAUUUUUCUUUACGUGAUAAGGAAUUGGACGGAGAGAUCGAAGAAAGCGGAUUUCCAACAUCUGAAACAUGUAUUGCCAACAUAAGCUGCCAACAAACCAAUGAGGCAAGAAAUAAUGUCACUAGCGAUGCUUCUUCCUCUGGGACUAAAAAUAGUAGAGAGGUCGUACGUCAGAAGAAAAGAGUUUCAUUCGCUGAAAAUAUUGAAAUUAAUGGUGUAGGUGUUAGUAACAAAGUACGACAAUCAACCACAACAGAAACAUAUUCUGUUGUCAAAUCACUUCUAACAGUUCCACAAAUGUCUAAAAACAGUCGUAAUCCUUUAAAUGAAGUGCACUCAGAGUUGGAAAAGGAGGACAAGAAGGGUAAAGCCAAAUCGAAAAUACAAUCAUCAAGGCAGAAAGUCGCAUUGAAAAACCGAAAUAAACUUGGAAAAUGUGGUGAAAAAACUCCUUUGUGUGAUUAUAAAUUUGACGGAGAAACUGAAAACAUUGCCAUUGAAAUUUGCGAUCAGAAUAAUUUAGAUAGUGAUCCUUCUAUUGGUACUAACAACAUGGCGGGAAAAAGGAUGAACAGGAAGUCAGUCAGGCAUCGGAAGAAGAGGUUUACCUUCUGUGGAAGUGAUGAAGAAGAUAAUGAAAAUGUUCAUAAUUUGCGACGAUCGACGCGUACCCGAAGGACCCCAUUGAGCCCUUGGCGAAAUGAAAGGGCAAGAUAUCGGAUUCUCGAAAAUGGUGAUAUUGCUUUCAUUGAUAUUACUGAUAAAUGAAAAAAUAUAUCUCUUCCCAAUUUUUACAGAAAGAACCAAAGAUUAUUGAUAUCCAAUGACAAUACAAAGCACUUCUGUUAAGUGAAAGGGAACAUAUCCUAAUGAUAAAAAUUAUCUAAUUUUUAAAAUUUUGUUCCUCAUUCUUCUGGUAAUUGAU